ACUCUCAAACGGCUCAACAAAAUGCUGAUUUGCGGUCUACUAUUAAAUCCUUCCAAGAGAUUAUGUCUCGAGCGACUAAAACUCUAGAUAAUAGUAAAAAAUCAUCUAAGAAGAGAAAAGAUAUUUCAGAUAGUUUAGCAGGAUUAAUAUUAAAUAGUAUCAUAAAAAUUGCUGUUAAACGUGCUGUUAAGAAAUCAACAGAUUCAGAUUCAGGUUCGAGUACUUCUUCUGAUACUUCUUCUAGUAAUAGUUCUAAUACAAGUUCUUCUAAUUCUUCUGAUUCUUCUGAUUCUGAAAACAAUAUCACUAUAUCUAAAACUUCAUUGGAGGAAACUAUUCGUAAAGUCCUCCAAAGUGAACUUAAAUUAAUUUUUCCUAAUCAUUUCUCCCAAGACUCUAUUAAAGCUAAUAUACCGAAUCAAGCGCCUCUAAUCCAAAAAAAGAUAGAAUCUCAAAGCAAUACUUCUCCAAUUACCAAGCAAUUAGAUCGUGUGAGACAUCUAGUAAGGAGUUUUGGCAGGGACCCACUGCCAAAAUUUCAGAAUAGAGGGGCAGGUGAUGGUCCUAAAGAGACCCCCAUGACCUCAGAUAAUUCUUUUGGAAUUGACUCAUCGGGCACUUCACAAAGUGCUUGUGCAGAAAUAUCUCUUGUCAAAUCUAAGGCCGAUAACUUUGCAAAAUCUGAAGAAAUGAAAUCACUUCAGUCUGUGAUUAAUUUAUUGGCUCCAAGAUACUCUGACAACAAUCAAUCAGAUUCGCUUGUAGCUGAAGGACUAGAUAGUUCUAUACAAGAACAGAAAAAUAAUAGCAUGAAUUUGAAGACUGUUUUUUCAGAACCAAUCUUACCUGCUACUUUGACAAACAAGAUUUCAUUAGGUGGCGCAGAAGGGAUGGGGUCUCAAAAAGAUCUGGCUAAGCCAUCAA